AUUUCAUUAAUAUUUUAAUAUUGGUUCUGGCAUAUUUGUGGCCUCGGCUGUAGUUGAAAUCCUUAUUUUAAUCUAUAUAUGUAAUUGUGAGUCGCCACGGGCAGACCCAUCAAUCUUCUAAUAUUCUAUACACACAAGUAAAACACCAAUUUUUGAGCUAGAAAACCACUAGUCUCAACACAACACAAGUAUGGAGGCACGUCACUCCAUAAACACCAAUUGUUCAAAGUCACAUGACACGUUCACUGAGUCAUUGUUUUGAAUUCACCAAUUACGUAUAUGAAUAAAUUUGCAUUAAACCCUGGUAUCACAACGGUAAAACGCAUAUUUAAUUAACUAGUAAGGUAAACUGAACGGUUAUGCCGCGCGACGCCGCGUCCGUUAUACUGUACGACAUUGAGUGACUUAAAGCGUGUCACCUGAACUAGUACUACAGCCGUGACGAAGUGAGAUCAUCUGAUGUUGCGAAUCCAGCCUCCCCUCCAGAACAGCAGGUAUCCACCACAAACUGAAAUAGAAAUCAACCACAGCAGUAUCCACUCUCAAAUUGUGGGAAGGGAGGGUGGGAUUAGAAAAAUUCAUAGAUUCUGCAUGACCAAUUUCACUUGCCUGAUCUGGAAUUUCAAUGAAUUAAAAAGGGAGAUAAAUCGGUAUUACCCUGAAUAUUAAACUGGUUCUCCGUUGUAUCCUCACUGCGCUGUUUUGUACUGGAGGUAACUCGGGUUAUCUUUCAACCGAUUGACAGAGCUGAACCAUGUUAUUUUCUGACUAUAAAGUAAACGAUUUCAUAUAACAUGAAAUAGUUAUAAUUAUUGCAAUUUCAUACACCUUCAAGUACUUCAUGUGUACCGAGGGAUUCCAUUUACAAAAAAGGAGCUGUAUCACCCUGGUAACAUUUGUAAACUGUUCUAAAAUGUAAUAAACAGGCGUUGAAAAUACCAUUAUAAUAAAAAAGAACGAAAUUAUUUAAAACCCAAUACCAACGGUAUCUGUCCAAUGGAUAUUAAAACAGUACUCGGGGCCCAGCUGGUCGAGCUUUCUGUUCUUAACAAUCAGUAAGUCAAGCUUUUGAAUUAAAUACCAUUAUUAAAUGAAAACGCAAGUUGUUUUUGUAUAUCAUCUAAUCAUUUCGAAAUCCAGGACAUGCAUAUUUUAUUUUAGGUUGAGCAAUUAUAAACGUAUGCAAACUAUCACAGAUACGGUCAGUCUAGGUUCUUAAACAUCAUAGCAACGGCACUCCUAAUACGUUCGGUGCUUAAUUACGUUAAAAUAAAGUAUGCGUUAAGAUCAAACGGUUUACUGAUUUCAUCACCCAAAAAUGUCUGUAAUUAAUCAAUUAGCCGAUACGAGAUAAUUUUGUCGACAAUUAACUUUCCGAAAAGGCAUCAUAGCUACUAACAGUUACGGCCAAUGAACCAUGACACAAACUCACCGCGGACACGCGUGAUUGGCGAGCCCGUAGGAGUUUAUGACAGAGGCUGUUUGUUAGUGAAAGCUAAGUACGGGCGAGGCGGACCGCGGAGUGAUGUAGUUAUGUGUAGUCUUCCCUACAUCGAUCGUAUAGGGCGUGUAAGUAGUGUUGCCUCGCCGUAUACAUUGGCUACAGGAGCGCACAAACAUCGCCUCAAAUGGCGAAUAUAAGGAUUACAAGCCCGUCAGAUCCACUUAUAUAUAUCUAUAUUAUUUGGUAAUAGACACCAACUCGCUCACUGGAAAGCAUCAAAAUGAAAGUUUUGUUCUACCACAUCGAAGGUAGUGCGCUGAUGUUAUGGAUAAGACCCCUAAAAGGAUUCCGUUGAUAUAAACUGAUUGUGGUAUGAUUACUUUGUAUAUAACAAGAUAUGUGUAUUUUAUAUAAAUGUAUUGACCUGCGGUGUUUUCUAAGGCAGUAGAUCUCACAAAAUCCAAUUUGUGAUAAAAACUGUUAUUUGUACACAUGCACUGAGCACGUCGAAAACGAGGUCACAGAGAUUAUUAAAAGCGAGCGCGUUAAUUGCAUGGCCAUUAAAAGGUCCGUACAGAUUACAACACAAAUCGAGUGCUGUAAAAUUGUUAUCAUUUAGUAGCCGACGGUAUGAAAGGGAACAUCUCCCGUAUCGACGAACUGAGGCUUGUGUUAGCGUUGUAUAUAGAGUUCGCCAUUAACACGCAAAACCUGUCGAGGAUGUAUUCAUCAGUGGGCGCUUUACUGCAUCGUGGGGCCUAAAAACGGAGCAGCAGCUGUGCUCGUCAAAAAUAGCAGAGAAUUAACAGUGUUGUACUGAGAGGAAUCAUGCCGGUCCUGUUGCUGGCGAUACUGUCAUCGCCUUACAAUCUACAUUAAUACAUCGGCAUCGUAAACAAAGAAAUAGUGGUAAUACUUUCGUUGUAAGAAAACCGUAGAUGAUGGAUGGUGUAUAUUAUAUUAUUCUGGAUUGAACUUUUAACAGUUUGAAGUAUACAUGUAUGAAACAUGAAGCGACAGAACGUUCGGACUCUCUCCCUGAUCGUGUGUACCUUUACUUCCCUCCUGAUCGGGGCGGCUGUGUUUGACGCCCUGGAGUCUGAGUACGAACUCGAAAACCGGAGGCGUCUAUUUGCGGAGGAAGACGAGAUACUCACUAAAUACAACAUUUCAGACGAGGAUUUUAAUAGCAUUCAACACAAUGUCAUCUGGUCUCGUCCUUAUCAGGAAGUUAUCCAGUGGAAGUUCGGAGGAGCUCUAUACUUUUCCUUGGUUGUAGUGGCAGUAAUAGGUUACGGCCACAGUACACCAAAGACGAUCGGAGGCAAGCUUUUCUGUAUGGUUUACGCGCUGGCAGGGAUCCCAUUGUGUAUCAUCAUGUUUCAAAGCGUCGGUGAGAGAUUAAAUACAUUUGUGACGUUUGUCCUAAAGCAAAUCAAGAAAUGUUUCCGAUUGAAAAACCUGGAGGUUUCACAAACAGAUCUUAUUUUUGUGACAAUGAAUCUGUCGACAAUUAUCAUAACUACUGGCGCUUUGGCCUUUUCUCAUGUUGAGGGAUGGAACUACAUAGACGCGUUUUACUAUUGUUUUAUCACACUCACAACCAUAGGAUUUGGUGACUUUGUAGCGUUGCAGAAAGAUUACAUGGUCCACGAAAAGCCUCACUAUUUCGCGUUUAGCAUUCUUUUCAUUCUUUUCGGUCUGACAGUUAUCUCGGCCGCCAUGAAUCUUUUAAUCCUUCGUUUUCUGACAAUGAAUACCGAGGAUGAACGACGGGAUGAAAUGGAGGCUGCUGUUGCCGCCCAGAAUGCAGUGCGACUUGAUGGUGACGUCAUAACCGGAAACGGUGGUGUAGUAUCAAACGCACAGGAGCGUCCUGAAUUUAACGACACACUUUCUGUGUGUUCCUGCUCGUGCUAUAAAUGGACGUCGCCACACGACAAAGUUUACACAUCUAGCCCAAUGACUAACACUAGACGUGGAAACAGAAAGAGCAAGGCGUCGGUAGCCAAUACCCAAGAAUAUUCUAAAGACAUGGACAGUAACAUGUCAGAUGAUACAGACUCGUUCCUAAAUUGGCAGAGGAGUAAACGUGCCUCUCUAUAGGUAUCGUUGAUUCUGGAUGAGGGUGAUCUGCGUUGUGUACAUAUCACUGUGACGUGUAGUUUAAAAGAGUAGACGUUCAAAGGCUUUGCCUGUUGCCACAUUAAUUUUGUGUGUACGAUAUGAAUAAUAAAAUAUUCUAGAAUGAAAGGAGAAGGCAGAUUGAAUAAUUAGAAUAAUCACGUGAUCAUACCCAUCAAAAUCGCCCAAAUAAUCAUCACAGAUUAAAACAUAUUUACAAACGGUUAAUGAUGCAAAUAGUCUUAACAUUUCCUUCAAAAUAUUUACGUUAAGUUGUGAUCUGCAUUGGUCAGGAAACGCAGAUGAAUUUUGAUGAUUAUUACGGUUUUUAUUUUUCCCGUGCUAAAUGUAAUUCACGUACAUUGUAUACAAGCAAUUGAUAAUUGAUCAAAUGGUUGAUGCAGUAUUAAUGAGAAGCAUUGCUGACAAAAACAUUAAUUUUCCACAAUACAUGUAUUAAUGCCAACAUAUGCUUGCCUUAACAGUGUAAAUACUUUAAGUAAUGACUACGUCCUGUUAUUACUAGAGUGAACUUAAGAAAGCGUUAUAUACGUGAUGUCUUGUAAGGCUGUUCUAGUCUAGAUAUUGAUAAUUUGUUUAAUCAGUAUUAUAUGAUACCAACAAAUGUAAAUUACCAUCGCAUAUAAAGUAUGUAUUGUGGACACUACACAACUCGGUAGAGUCGAACCGUCGGAUAAGUCGAAUAUUUUUAAUUGGUCACGAUGACUUCAACAUAUUCGAGUUUUACUGUAUUUAAAGGCCGUUUUACUGUAACCAUCGCAGUUACAUGCCCAUGUACUGUCUGUUGAUGCAAUGGUAGUGCUUGUCUGUAUGGUUAUCAUUUUGUAAACACCUUGCUGACAAUAUAAUGUCUGGCCAAGCUGUUGUUACACGAUAUCUUAUACCCAUGACAUGUGUAAUGUAGUGGAAAUGUUAUGUGCUAAUCAAUAUCGCCAUCUGCUCACGGACACACGUCUUGCUAUCAGGUUGUCGAAGAUAUCAUCAAAAUGACUAAAAUAGAAAUAGUCAAUACUGAUAAUAGAUGCAUUCCAGAACGUAAUUUAGGUUUUCGUAUAUGUUGAAUUAUUUAAUACUCUGUACUUUAAUAACACAUACUCCUAUUCUUAUCAUCUCUAAUGCAUGUCACUGAGCAUUGUUCUGAAGGAAGAAACAAAUCUCAUGUGGGAUUUUAUAUCUUAUCGUCUUAACCUACAUGUAUCUCUACUGCAAUAAUAUGUAUUUGGUCUCAGUAAGUAUUGUUAAGACCAGGUUCAUAAAUCAAGAAUAAGCCUCACCAAACGUCCAUAAUUAUGUGAUAGUAUCCAAAUAACAUAUCUGUACUGCAAUAAUAUGUAUUUAGCCUCGGCGAAUAGUGUUCAGACCAGGUGUAUAACUCAUGGAUUUACCUCAUUUGAAGUCCAUAGUUGUAUAAUAGCAUCGUCAUAUCAUAUCUCCAAUGAAAUAGUAUGCAUACAGUUUAUUGCUUUCUGCAUUGUUCUUCCUAACUGCACAGCUGCUGUGAAGAGAUUUGUUUUGAAGAUAUAUAACAAUUUAUAUCUAUCAAUACAGAAAAUGUUAAUGGAUAUUCAGAGAUGCAUCGAGUUUCUUAAAAGAUUUUAACCUAGCUUAUAUCAGUGAUAUGGGCCCGAAAUCAUAAAACAGAUCUUAAGCUCAAACACGGAUAUUGUACUCAAAGCAACUUACCUAUCGCUUGGUAAAAUUAUGGGACACGGUCAAACAGUUAGGGGAAGACAUUGCCAAUCUUAUCUGACUUCCAAUUUCUUCAAAAUCUUUCAAAUUCAUUGACAAGAUGUUUUUAAAUUGAUGACCGGAACCAAAAAAAUAGCUUGGACACAUAAUCUGAGUUUGAGUAUGAUAACAGCUUUGUGAAUACGGGCCUGAUGUUAAUCAUUUGGUAAGGUCGGAUAUUGCAUCAUUGGACAUCAAAUGAGAUACCUGUACCAACUGACUGUUGCUUUGUGACUUUGUAGUAAAACUAUGUGUGUGGUGGAUGAGUGACUUCCUAUUUGACAGGCAACCUUUAAGAGAUUAGGUUUGGAAACUGCGUUUUGGAAGAAUUGCUUACGACACUCCCAGAAAUAACAAGUUGAAAGUAAUACCAGUUAUCUGUAAACGUUAUGAGCAGGCUAAAUCUAUUACGACUUUAAUGAUAAAUAAACGGUUCCCUUCGGUAAUAUUAAUCUGAUCUUUGGUUUGAAUAAUUGCUAAAUUGUCCCACACUAUUUAUAGAAAUAUCGAAAUAUCUGCAGUUUUACCUGUUAAUGAUUAAAUCAUUUAACAGAUAAAUCAUACCAUAUGGAGUAUCAGGGAAAUCAUAAACCUAGGGUAUUAUUUCUUUAACAUCCCCUAGAGUAUGAUUUCUCUGUCGCCUUCUAGGGUAUGAUUUUCCUAUCACCCCAUUGCUUUAAGUUUUCUCCGUUACUCCCUAGGGAAUGAUUUUCCUAUUAUCCCCUUGAUUUAUGAUUUCUCUGCUACUACAUAUGGUAUGCUUAAUCUGUCACCUUUAGGGUAUGCCAGAUAGAAGGUAAGUAUUUUAAUAUGACGCCACGGGGACAAUCAGAUAUGACGUCACAAUCUGCUCUCUACGAGAAAGGUCAUUUACAAAUAUAUAAAAAAGGGAUUAAAAUGCAGAAAAAAUAUUGUGUUUUCAACCAUACUAUUGAAAUGACAGGAUUGUAACAGAGCAAUAGAGCCUUAGGUUAGACAACUCAUAAAGUCACCUCUCGGGUUAGAUAUUCCUCUGUCACACUCUCAAUGUAGGGGAGGAUUCUAUCAAUCACCAGAAUCCUAUACUCCUACAGUUAAUUAUACAGUUGUUCACCAGACGGAUCAGCCCACCUCGAGGCUCUACAUCAAAAUAGUGUCACUGAAGUUGCUGUAUUGCUAUUAUAAAUAAAUGAACUUGUGG